CAUCACGGGAGGGACCGCGGGGCUGGCGGCGGCGGCCGCUCCCGGCUCGUCCCGUCGCCGCGAUGUCGGGCUUCAGCCCGGAGCUGAUCGAUUACCUGGAGGGGAAGAUCUCCUUCGAGGAGUUCGAGCGGCGGCGAGAGGAGCGCAAGAGCCGCGAGAAGGAUGGCGAAAAUCCGUCUGCUGAGGAAAACGCUGAGGAUGUAGAGGCUCCGUCUUCAUCCAGAAAAGCAUCUGGGAAAUCCCAAAGUCAGGAUGAAACUGAUGGAGAAACUUCAGAUGGCGUCAGUAAAUCUGUUCAUCGGGUCUUUGCGUCCAUGCUUGGGGAAAAUGAAGAGGAGGAGGACGAUGAGGAGGAAGAAGAAGAAGAAGAGGAAGAAGAAACUACUGAGCAACCCACAGCUGGAGAUGUUUUUGUUUUGGAGAUGGUACUUAAUCGAGAGACCAAGAAAAUGAUGAAAGAGAAAAGACCUCGCAGCAAACUUCCUCGUGCCUUGAGGGGUCUCAUGGGAGAGGCCAAUAUCAGGUUUGCUCGAGGAGAACGUGAGGAGGCUAUUCUAAUGUGCAUGGAGAUCAUUCGACAAGCUCCUCUUGCUCAUGAGCCAUUUUCCACUCUUGCCAUGAUCUAUGAAGACCAGGGUGAUAUGGAGAAGUCAUUACAGUUUGAACUGAUUGCAGCUCACUUAAAUCCUAGUGAUACCGAGGAAUGGGUUAGACUAGCAGAAAUGUCCCUGGAACAGGACAAUAUUAAACAGGCUGUUUUUUGCUACACAAAAGCUCUGAAAUAUGACCCAACCAAUGUGCGUUAUCUGUGGGAGAGAUCAAGCCUGUAUGAACAGCUGGGGGAGCACAAGAUGGCUAUGGAUGGCUACAGGCGUAUUUUGAAUCUCCUGUCUCCCUCGGACGGAGAGCGCUUUAUGCAGUUGGCUAGAGACAUGGCAAAGAGUUAUUAUGAAGCCAAUGAUGUGACCUCUGCUAUUGAGAUAAUAGAAGAAGCCUUUACUAAACACCAGAGCCUCGUUUCCAUGGAAGAUGUUAACAUCGCGGCUGAACUAUAUAUUUCUUCCAAACAGUAUGACAAAGCAUUGGCGGUUAUUACAGAUUUUGCAGGAAUUGUACUUGAAAAGAAAGUAUCGGAAAAAAGCCCAACCGAGGAGAAAAAAGAUUCAGGGGCUGUGGUAGAAACUGAGGAAAGCCAUGAAGCCACUGACAACCAAAGUCAUCCAGUUGCUGAGUCCAGUGCUGCAGCUGUGGAGAAGGUCAGCUGCUGCAUACCUGAGGGUGUUCCCAUAGACAUCACGGUCAAGCUGAUGGUGUGUUUGGUUCACUUGAACAUCCUAGAACCACUCAGUCCUCUUUUAACGACUCUGGUGGAACAAAAUCCAGAAGAAAUGGGUGACUUGUAUUUGGAUGUUGCAGAGGCAUUUCUGGAUGUUGGAGAAUACAACUCAGCACUGCCUCUCUUGAGUUCCCUUGUCUGUUCAGAACGGUACAACUUGGCUGUUGUGUGGCUUCGGCAUGCGGAGUGCUUGAAGGCCUUGGGACACAUGGAGCGUGCUGCAGAGAGCUAUGCCAAAGUUGUUGAUCUUGCUCCGUUGCAUCUGGAGGCAAGAAUCUCACUUUCAACACUUCAGCAGCAGCUGGGCCGACCUGAAAAAGCUCUGGAGGCCCUGGAACCAAUGUAUGAUCCAGAUACACUGGCUCAGGACGCUAACGCUGCCCAGCAGGAAUUAAAGCUCCUCCUCCAUCGUUCGACACUGUUGUAUUCCCAAGGCAAAAUGUAUGGUUACAUAGACACUUUACUUACAAUGCUGGCAAUGCUGUUGAAGGUAGCAAUGAGCAGAGCUCAGGUGUGUUUGAUAUCUAGUUCCAAAUCUGGAGAGAGACACCUCUAUCUUAUUAAGGUGUCAAGGGAUAAAAUUUCUGACAAUGACGACCAAGAGACAGCAAAUUGCGAUGCAAAAGCAAUCUUUGCUGUUCUCACGAGUGUUCUGACAAAAGACGACUGGUGGAACCUCCUCCUGAAGGCUAUAUAUUCCUUGUGUGACCUCUCUCGGUACAAGGAGGCAGAGUUAUUAGUGGAUUCCUCACUGGAAUAUUAUUCAUUUUAUGAUGAUAGACAAAAGCGCAAGGAGCUGGAAUACUUUGGUCUCUCUGCUGCAAUUCUGGACAAGAACUUCAGAAAAGCGUACAACUAUAUCAGAAUCAUGGUAAUGGAAAAUGUCAAUAAGCCUCAGCUAUGGAACAUCUUCAAUCAAGUUACUAUGCAAUCUCAGGAUGUCCGUCACCAUCGCUUUUGUCUCCGCUUGAUGCUGAAAAAUCCUGAUAAUCACGCAUUGUGUGUCCUAAAUGGGCAUAAUGCAUUCGUAUCUGGCAGUUUCAAGCAUGCCCUUGGACAGUAUGUGCAAGCCUUCCGUGCAAACCCAGAUGAACCUCUGUACAGUCUUUGUAUUGGCUUGACUUUCAUCCACAUGGCUUCUCAGAAAUAUGUGUUGAAAAGGCAUGCUCUUCUAGUACAGGGAUUCUCCUUUCUUCACCGGUACUUGGACCUGCGUGGACCAUGUCAAGAGUCUUUCUACAACCUUGGCCGUGGCCUUCACCAGCUGGGACUGCUGCACCUGGCAAUCCACUAUUACCAAAAAGUACUUGAACUUCCUCCUCUCACCUUAGAGGGAAUAGAGACCGAUCAGACAGACUUGAGAAGAGAUACUGCCUUCAACUUGUCACUUAUUUACCAGAGCAGUGGAAAUACUAGAAUGGCUCAAAAGAUGUUGUAUACCUACGCAGUUGUAUGAUGAGGUUUGUGGCAGGUGGAAUUGAUACUCUUUGUACCAACCUUUGCAUAUAUGCAGUGCUGGGGAAACUGAGUUUAUGUACAACUUUUGCUAUAGAAGGUCAGAGACAUGGCUGGUGCCGUCUGUAGCUGUAUGGGCAUUUUCUGCUUCUGACAUUUGAACGCUAUCGCGUACGGAUGGCAACUGUGUGUUUGGAGCACAGCACUGCCGUGCUCAAGUGUACCUGUUACUAGCUCUUCUCUGGGAAUGCACUGCUCUGUAAUCUGAUAUUCAGGCUUGCGUGUAGGAUCAAACAGUGAAAACAAGCCCAGUGUGGGUGUUGGUUGGGGUUUUUUUUAGGGAAAAUUUACAAUGUGCAAUAUUACAGCUAGUUACCAGUGAGGUUCUUCAAGAAGCCAUAUUUACUGGUGAUGACUGUUUUUUAAUGUGCAGCAUUAAACUACUAUAACAUAGAAGAAAUGGGCUCAUGCUAAUCCUUAGAGGAUGGAGAACUCAGUAUUUCCAUAUCUUUAUUCAGAAUUUUGUAGGAGUUCAUAUUCCUAGCAGCUGUUCUAUUUGAAGGAUAUUGAUUUCUGUUUUACUGAAAUCAGUGUGACCUUUGUUCUUCUUCUGAACUUGUUAAUAAAAAUUCUGAGGUUAAUGAUAAUGUUUACUCAUUCUCAGCAAAUGUGUAUCCUACUGAAGAGCUUAUAUCACAAAUUAAUAUAGUAUCGUCAUACAGCUUAUGAUCUAACAUACAUUGCAAAUGGUCUGGGGUUUUCAUUAUUUCUGACAGUCGAACAGUAGCAAAUGAUGGUGCAAGCAUCCUGCUUCCAACCCACUGAGAGAAGCAGGAUGCAAUGCUUUAUCAUAAAUAUAAGGAGUACAUAGUUAUAUAUAGAAAUGGGUAUGUUAUGCACUACAGCAGAUUAAGGCUGAAAAAUAUUUUUCAGCAAGGUAGCUUGCUGAGUGGCAAACAAACCGUGCUGUUGCCUCCCAAGCACUCUUGUUACUUACGGUAUCACAGCUAACUACUGCUCUUUGCUUUCAGCCCACUUUUCUAUGUGAUUGUGUUCUGUAAUCAUUUCACAUAGUUGCAAUCAGUGAUUAAGACACAAGUCUGGUGGAAAUGCCUAGACUAAUUUUAAGCGUAAGGCAGUUUCAUCUCAAAUCAAACACUGAAUUGCAAUGUAGUGCAUGUCCACUUUACUAGACUUGUGCUGGGUCAUAGUGAGAAUACAAAAGUAAGAGAAACACCAAGAAAGUCUCAGGUUUGCAAAAGGACAGCGUGUUUUACUUGGAAAUAGUACUUGGCAGCACUGCCUGAAUACAAGUAUCAUGCCAAGUUUGCAGAACUGUAAAUUAAAUAACCACCUUAGUUAUGUUAGCCUGGGGUGUUCAUAAGCUGCAGAAGAAGAGAGAGGAUGACUCCCUUACCUCCAUUUCGUUAUUCAUUCUUUGUCAUACCACAUUGCUUGUUUUGACAUGAUAGCUAACUGUUUGCUGUGUGAACUGGAGCUGACUCACAGUCUCAGUACAAGCAUAGUAUUGUCGCAUCAUCUUGGGGUAAAAAUUUUUCCACUGAAGCUUUCCUUAUUCUUUAUUGACCUUUUCAUAUCUCGUAACCCCACUGAUUAUUUUCUUCUUGCAGCAAAUGACUUCUCUCCCUUCAUAGGAAAAGAGUUUACCAUGUCUCAGGAAAUACAGCCCUCAGCACUGAACUAACACUUAGAAAACAGAAGCCAGAGAUCCAGUACACAGAUUCCCUUUGCCUUAUUCUUUUCCAAAACUGAGUCUGAAAUACUCAGAAUCCUAGUGCUGAAGAGCUAUUUUAUAUAAAACAAACACUAAUUGAAGGCAUACUUAGAAGACUGCUCAUAAAAACAUCUACUGAUUGUCUUGAAAACUAAAUCAUACUUUUUUGGUUGUGCUUACCUCAUAGCAGCAUUGACAAGUGUAGAAAGCUGUCUGCUGUCCACAUUUGCUGAAGGCCAUAGCCUGGCAGGAAAAAACCCAACUGAACCUUUUAGCGGCUUAGAAAAUUCAUUUUUAAAUACUACAAGUGUUACUAUAAUUUAGUUAGAGGCUUAGCAGCUGCCAAGACUAAGGAAAGGCUAGCAAUAUAAAUCUCAAUUAUUGAUCCUGCAGGUGGCAGCAGUGUUAGGUAACUACAACGUUACUGAAAUUGCUAUGUUUAAAUAAAAUAACAUUCUUGUCUGUUGUGUA